UCGCUAAUUCAAAUCGUGUCAUUUCCAUUUGAUUUUACUACAAACUUAGUACUACAAACAAAAGGUACGAUGUCGAAAUGACUGUGAUUUUUCUCUUCCUCUGAACAUGACAGACUCUCUGUGACUCAUUAGCUGAUGAUGUGUAUGGUGAAUUGAGAAAUCAGGAAAACCCAUGGUAAAAAUUCUAUUUCAAGUAUCCUUAAGUAGGACCGGAAUUGUUGUCACUCUGUGCAUGCGCGUGAUCACGUGAACUGGGAAGCACAGUGAUCAGUAUUUACUAUGACUGAUUGCCUUGUAAACGCAGAUCGAAAGAGUAGUUGAAUAUAUGAAGAUGUGAUUCCUGAUGUGUGCUUAGACUGACAGAUGAUCCUAUGAUAUUGAAUAUAUAUCGUGUCAAAACUCUACACAAACUCCGACAUCAACGGAAUCACACGAAGUAUUCCGACAUCAACGGAAUCACACGAAGUAUUCCGAUUACAAGGACGCUUUGUGGUGGUGUUGUACACCAAUGACAAUUUACAAGUGUAGCAUGGGAUACAAUACAGGUAUUCCAGGUCAUUCCGAAAGUUUCAGGUGAGAAGACUUGGAUAAUAUAAUGAAUUGACAUCACAGAGAAGAAAGAACGGAAGCCAUUGUUAUAUGGUGGUACAAUGUAUCAGCUGUUCUAUCACUUAAUUCAUACAUAUCGAGAUUUCAGAUAAGAUAUUACCUCACCAGAAUGCAUAGCUUAAGCAAUGUUUUCUUUGACAUUCAAUUUUAUUAUAGCCCCCAAACGAAGUUCAGGCGGGUAUAGGAAUCACUUUGUCUGUAUGUCCGUCUGUCCGUCCGUCCGUCUGUUUGUCUGCAGAAUCGUGUCCGGACCAUAACUUCUUUGUUCUUUGACUUAGGCAUACCAUAUUUUGCACACAGGUGGAGCACCAUGAGAUGAUAUGUUGAGUACUUUCAUGACCUCUAUAUGACCUUGACCUUUGACCUCAAGGUCAAAAUUAAAAGGUUUUUUUACAAUGGAUUCGUGUCAGGGCCAUAACUUCUUUGUUCUUUGACAUAAGCAUACCAUAUUUGACACAUGAGUGUAUCACCAUGAGACGAUGUCUCAUGUACCUUCAUGACCUCCAUAUGACCUUGACCUCAAGGUAAAAAUUAAACGUUUUUACAAUGGAUUCAUGUCAGGGCCAUGACUUCUUUGUUCUUUGACAUAUAGGCAUACCAUAUUUGACACAUGAGUGUAUUACCAUGAAACGAUGUGUCGGGUACCUUCAUGACCUCUAUAUGACCAUGAACUUUGACCUCAAGGUUAUAAUUGAUUAUAGGGUUUUGAUAUAGUCAUACCAUAAGACAUGGGUGUAUCACCAUGAGACUAUGUGUCAUAUACAUUCAUGACCUCUUUAUGAUCUUGACCUUUGAUCUCAAGGUCAAACUUUAUAGAUUUAUGGCAUGGAUUUGUGUUCGGACUAUAUCUUCCAUUUUUUUCUACAAAGGCAUACCAUAUUUUUACACUCAGGAAAGAGGUAAUUUAUACCUAUUAACAACACCCUUUGGGAGAUAGGGGUAAGCGGAGGAGUAUUGUUAGUGAGCAUUGCUCACAGUACCUCUUGUUUAAGUAUGACAUGAAGAUAAAUCCAAUCCUGAUAUUUUAAAUGUAUAAUUAUUUAUUGCACAGAGCGAUAUUUUUCGGGGUAUCUUUCUCAAAAUCCUGCCCAUGGGAUGUACACGAAAAUACGGUGGAUCCCACAGUUGACUUACGAAUAAGAUAUAUUGGCUUAUGUAUGUGCAUUUCAUUAGUACAUGUACUUUAUAUUGCAUACUGAUCACUUCAUUCAACAAUCUUUUAUACGUUUGCGGAUUCUUUUGGGGUGUGUGUGAGUGUUUAUUAUUAUUAUUGGGUUGGGGGGGGGGGGGUCUUAUUAUCCCACAUGUACAGGUAAACACGCUGAAAACAAUGACAGCCAGGCUUCAGACAGCAGUCUUGUUAUUUCAGUCACAUGUUGCUGCAUGUACAUGUACAACUUUGGACAGCGAGUAAACAUUCUAACCCUAUGUUUCACACUUUUAUUUUUGCACAUCAAUUGUAAUUGUUGCAUAAAAUUUUGUGUUUUCCCCCCCUUUUUUUUUUUGCUAGAGGGAGUAACAUGGUGUGUGGGGUUUUUUUUUUGGGGGGGGGGGGUAAUAGGGAAACUGUUACAAAAGUAGCCGUAUAUGUACAAAAUGACACAUGAACACUUAGUUUAGUCAUAUGGAGAUAAUUUAUUUCACAUUAAGUGAAGAACAAUUUUCAUGUGAUCUCAUCAUCAGGUAAAAUAUCCUCCAUUUCUUUAAUUUCUUUAGUUUCCUAUCCGGAUCAUUUAUUACAAUGAUAAAGACCGGUGUGUAUUUCAAAAUGUCUUAUUAUCAUUAUACAUGUAACUCCAUAACAUUUAUGAUAUACAUGUAAUUCAUUUAUAAAAACAUCUUAUUUUGAUACUGCUACAUAAUAUAACCAAACUCUCACCUCGCAUAUAUUUGGUUUGUGUGCAAACGAAAUUUGGCGGAGGUUACCAAUAGAGCCUAAUUUUCACAUAGAUAGAAAUAAGAAUUGGCUUAUUUUAACACUUUCACAUUUCUUCCUGUCAUUGGAUUUAGUUCUUUUCUUACUUGUGGGGCCUUCGUGGCUGAGUGGUUAGAGCAUCGCGCUCAAAAUCACACUGCCUCUCACCUCUGUCGGUGGGGGUUCUAAUCCUGCUCACUCUAGUAAGUGAGAAAGUUUCGCAGUUUACUUUCGGAAGGUCGGUGGUCUCUUCCCCGGUACAUUGUAUCCGGGUUCUCUCUUCCACCAAUAAAACUGGGCACCACCAUGCAAGGUGAAGAUAACGAACAGUGAUCAAUCUCAUUACUCCUACAAGCAAUACAAAAUAGAUAGUUGGGCAAACACAGACCCCUGGACACACCAGAGGUGGGAUCAGGUGCCUAGGAGGAGUAAGCAUCCCCUGUUGACCGGUCACACCCGCCGUGAGCCCCAUAUCCUGAUCAGGUAAACGGAGUAACUGGAAAAUUGUAGAGUGUGGCAGAAAACGUCAAUCAAUCAAUACACCAAAUGCAUGAGGGGAAAUCUUUUUCGAAAUUCUUCUUCUCAAGAACUGCACACGUGUAAGAAAAACUAAAUGCAUGGUGAUGGAGAGCAGGAACGGUUCUACCAAAAUUGUAAAUUUCAUGAUCCCCGGGGUAGGGCCAGACUUGUUAUAUAGUGUUUAUGUGUACAAUACUUAAAUAACACUAAGUCUAGUUAGAUACCAUCUUCUUCAUUGCUGUUGAUACUAAAUUGAAACUAAAUGGAUAAAGCAGGUAGUCUUUUACCAAUAUUGUAAAUUUGGUGAUCCCCAGAGUAAGGGUUCCGACCCCAGGGUGAGGCCAAAGUUAGUAUAUAGUAUUCAUGUGUAAGUUUGCUGAUACAUAUGUACUGUAUAAAAUCUAAAUGCAUACUUAGGAAUAGCAGAAAAGGAUAUACAAAAAAUGGUGAAUUUCAAUCAAAACUCCAAAUUAGUCAUAUGUUUUGAUGUUUUAAUGUUAAUUAAAUAUAAAGCCAUUCAUCAGUGUAAGCACCUAAAAACAAAUAAUCCGGAAAUCAUUUGAAUUUUGUUCAGAUUUUCUUUUAUAUGCAUGUACAUGUAUGUCAAACCGGAUCAAAGCACACACAAACAAAAUGGUGAGAGAAUUAACGGUAAUAACAACGACAUUCAACAGUCAGAUAAAGGAGUCGGACUCUGAUAACUUUCAGACAUUGUGAUUAUAAAUAAAUCCCAUUACUUGAUAUAUUGAAAUUCUGUGAACAAAAUUAAGGAACAAAAGAGAAUUCAAAUGUUGUUUCCAUAUGUUUAAUGAUUCUGCUAUCUAUGAUCAAUCUAUCGUUCCCGCUAAGGUCCACAAAUACCUCUGUUAAGGUCUAAAAAGCAUAUCAAAAUAUACUAUGACUGACUUAGCAUAUCAAACUGUAAUGAUCUAAACAAAUCAAACACUUGUCUGAAUUUUAUAAAAACAGAAGAUAAUAAAUAUGAGACACUGGAGCGAAUAAAAAAGUUUUAUAUAAAUAUUCAUUCAUUCAAUAAUUUAAUAGUAAAAUAAUCAUGACAUGGAAUUUGGUGUUUUUUGUGAACCUAUUUAAAGGGACUGGUUCACGUUUUUCGAAAGAAAUGUUUUUCAAUUUUGAUGUUAAAAAUUAAAAAUAUACUUCAUUUACUGUUGACAACCAAAAUUUGGACCGUCUGAAUGUAAGGAUAAGAACAAAAUUUUAGCUUUGAUUCUCUGUUAUGUAAACAAAGACUCGAGUCUUUUUAUGUAAACAAACAAACCAGUGAAACGUUAAUUUUGUAAUUUAAAGCAUGUUCAUUUUGUACAAUCACAAAUUUUAACAUUUAAAUGACACAUUUUACCUAAAGUAUACUUGAGAUGUGGUAUAUUUAUUUAACUUGAAUCAAUAUCCAUUUAUUUUGAAAACUCCGUAAACAAUAACACACCUCAAUCUUUUUUACAAAACAAAUAAUAAACUCUCUAUAAUGAGCUUAUGUCAUGAGAAAUAAUCUUAAUUUUUUUUGUGAAACCUUCUAAACAUACUAGAUUGUAGAUUUUGAUCAUUUAAAGUGAAAAACAAAAUUUGAAGAAAAAUCGUGAAUCAGUCCCUUUAAAACUAAAACUUGCAAAACUAUCGUUUAUGAUGCAAUAGCUAAAAAUAAGUUUUGGCAAUAAAUCUUUGACAUUUAGACGUUGACAGAGGUGCCGUAUCUCGGCAUUUAAAAGUUAGGAUCGCAGGUUUUUCAGAUGAAAUGUGAAUAUUCAUGUAAGAAUGAACUUUAAAAUCAGUGGUCCCGUGUCAUGACUGGCAUUGGUACUUGAAAGCUUCUUCACUACGACUGCCCUGAGUCUAAAUUUGUGGGGCUUCUGCCACUGGUGAAGUCUCAAUAUGAGUGUAAAGUUAUUGACGGGACGUAAAAUGCACACUGUUUAUUAUUCUCGUGUAAAAUGAUAAAAAUAACGAAGAGUGGUCAUAAUUCUCUAUAUUAUCUCACACAAAAUAUAUCGGUAGAAUUCUCUAUAUUAUCUCUACACAAAAUGUAUCAGAAGAACUCUCUAUAGCAUAUCGUGUUUUCCUACAGGUGAGAAGACUUGGAUGAAUUGACAUCACAGAGAAGGAAGACCGGAAGCCAUUGUUAUAUGGUGGUACAAUGUAUCAGCUGUUCUAUCACGUAUACAUAUCGAGAUUUCAGAUAAGAUAUUACCUCACCAGAAUUCAUAACUAAAGCAAUAUGUUCUCUUUGACAUUCAAUUUUAUUACUGAUAACCCUAUAUUACUGUAAAUUCAUUCAUUUUUCUCCAAAGAUGUACAAAUGUUAAAGUCUUCAUUGCUGUUUUAGCUCACCUGAGUCAAUGGCGAGUUUUUCUGAUCAAAAUGUGUCCCUUGUCCAUCGUCGUUGUUGGUGUUGUCGUCGUCAUAAACUUUCCUCAUUUUCCAAAACGAAUGGGUAAAUUUCAACCAAACUUGGCACAGAGCACAUUUGGGUGAAGGGGAUUUAAUUUUUUUAAAUGAAGGGCCGUGCCACUUCAAAAAUGCAAAAAUAUGAUGGGGUAAUUUUAAAAUAUUCUCAAGAACCACUGGGCCUGAAGAAAAUUCAUAUGAAAGCCUAUUGACAUUAAAAUUUGUUAAAUGUGUGCCUCCCCCCCCCCCCCCUCCCCAGGGAUAGCAUGGUGCACAAAAUGGGAUAAAAAAAAUUACAUGCAAAUAUAUAGGGAAAUUUUUGAAUGUCUUCUGAAGAGGCACUGGCCAGAAAAGUACAGAUUUACAUCAAAGGUUUCUGAUAUAGUGCAGAUUAAAAUUUGUUAAAAUCAUAGCCCCGAGGGGUUGGAUGGGGCCGCAAUAGGGGGUAAAAGUUUCACAUACAAAUAUAAUCCGGAUAUUUUUGAAGAUCUUCUGAAAAACCACCAUACCAGAUAUGUUUAUGUUUACAUGAAAGUUUCCUGACAUAGUGCAGAUUGAAGUUUGUUAAAAUCAUGGCCCCGGGGGGUAGGGUGGGGCCACAAUAUGGGAACAACGAUUUACAUGGGCAAAUCAUGGGCAAAUCUUCUCAAGAACCACUGAGCAAAAAGUUUCAAAAACAUUUCUCUUAGUGAUGUAACCAGUGAAAGAUAGACUUUUCUUCUAUUCUUCUAAUAUGUUGGAUUAAAAAGUGAAGAUAAGGAACAAUUGUUGAAACCCUUGCCCCCGAACAUAGGAUGGGGCCACUGCAGGGGAUCAAAGUUUUGCAUACAAAUAUACACUGGACCAGAAAAGUUUACAUUUACAUGUAAGCUUUCUGACAUAGCACUGAUUCAAUCCUAGGGGCUGGGGUGGGUUUAGGUAGGAGCCACAAUAGGGAUUAAAGUUUUACAUGUGAAUAUGUAGGGGAAAUCAUUCUGAGAAUUUCACUUUUUAAAUGGCAUAAAUAAUAGGUCUAUGCCUUUUUGAUGCGGCAUAAACCUAUAGCAUUUGGCAUACUCCUGACCAAAACUCCUUGCAGGGAAUGCACCACAUUUCUCUCCCCUCAAAAUUCAACCAUACACGUCUGUUCAGCCAUUGUGGCUUGAAUUCACGUUUUCUUUUUUUCUUUUUCAUAUAGCUUGCGUUUUUCUUGUUUUGAUUUGUUUGUUUGUUUGACACCAUUUGGUUUAAUACCGGGCUUUGUGCCUUCAAAAUAUUUUAACUGCAGAACCAUUUACACGUCAUUUGUUGACCUUCACCUCAAAUUAUAUUUGCUAAGUCAGACGUAUAUUAUUUUCUUUUAACAUUCUUUCAAUAUUUGAAUAUUUGCGAAAUAAAGAAAAAAGGACAACUUUUGUUAUAUUAUUAGGGAAAAUUUCAAUUUGAAAUCGAUCCCAAUAAAAUUCAUCAAUGCAGAUAAAAAAAAAAGCAUCGACAUUUAAAGACAUACGAAUUGUACGCUGAACAAUUUGUCUAGAACACUAGUCAUAAUCUUCAAACCACUUACACACUUAAGUCGUAUAUUUUAAAAUCAAUGGGAGCACAAUCCAGGUUCCAAAAUAGAUUUUGACGAUUGUAAGGGAAAAUAUUUAUUUUAAGUGCAUUAUCACACGCGUACCAUAAUUAUUUCUUUGUUUCUUGGAAUUUGGCAUAGACAAUUUGGAAUAUCUUAUUUGCACGUGACACGAUCCAACCUCAUUUGGCAUAGCCGCGGUCUAUCGGUUAAAUAAAUUCGAGACUGGAAAAUCUUUAGAUAUGGGUUAAGGUGACUCGGGUGAGCAAUGUGGCUCAUGGGCCUCUUGUUUUAAAUAUCCUGCAGUAACCAUAUCACUGCAUAGAUGAAUUCAAUACUUUAGUUUCUCCACAGGUGAUAUCAGUUAGAUUUAUCAGCAUCACAAGAUAACAGCUAGAUAUACCAGCAUCACAAGGAGAGAAGAAUGGAAAACAUGUGGUUCAUACUGGACUUUCAUGAGGUCUUGCAGAACUGAGAAAAGGAAGUCGAUGUCAAAGUGGUAAUGUUCCUAUCACACAUAAAGUGAUUGUAUUCCUAAAGACCCCGACCCUCCACAUCAUGGACACACUAGGACUCAGUACACAGUGUAAACUACGACAGUGUUCUCAAUGUCAGAGGGACACUGAAUUUUACUGUAACACAUGUAAACGUGAUCUGUGUUUACAGUGUAAAAAGAAACAUGUUACAGAAAAUAACACCAAAUAUCACAAUGUAGUGUUCUAUAUAACUCGUCAUACCGAGAGGAGUUUUACCACACAGUGUAAACUACGACAGUGUUCUCAAUGUCAGGGGGACACUGAGUUCUACUGUAACACAUGUAAACGUGAUCUGUGUUUACAGUGUAAAGAGAAACAUGUCAAUGAUCUAGAUACCAUAUACCAUGAUGUUGUGAUUUACCGUGAGAAGUUUAAUUGUUUCCCUUUACGAGAGACCUGUGUCAGACAUCCAAAGAGAAAAUACAGAAUGUUCUGUGAUCAGUGUAACUAUUCCGUGUGUAAGUGCUGUACAGACCACAGAACACACGCGCUGGUGGAUCUUAGAACAGCCUAUCAAACAAAGCGACAACAACACAGAGAAAUCAUUGACAACAUCAGAAGUGAGACUCUCUAUAACUGUCGUGUUCUCCUGGCAGGAAUCCAAACUGAUAUCCAAAGUUGUCCCCCACAAAUCUGUCACCGUCAAUCACAGCAGAUGUCAACAAAAGCCCAGAGACUGAAGGAUCGGAUUGACACUGUGGUAUGUGAUGUUAAAUUAUUGAUUGAUAGAAUACAACAACAGAAGAGAAAAAUGAACAGACAACUUGUUCACCUACAGAACUAUGAAGACAGAUAUGAACAAUCAGCAAACAGAGCGGUACAAUUCCUCUUGUUUAUAAAGACCAGUCGUGUCCCCCAGAUAAAGAACAGUCCUAGUCAGUUAUUGAGUGUCAUCACAGAAAUCCAAAUGACAACAGGAAAACGACAAGUAGGAAUAGACGAGUGUGUGAAACUGAUGUCCACACCUGUAUUACACACGUCUGUCUGUGUGACAGGUGUUAGUCGUGUGUUUCACAUAUCUCGUGUGAUGUCAGACCGGGUCUGGGUCUCUGAUAAACACAAUCUCAUCUUGACAGACACAACAGGAGACACUAUACACCGUGUGACAGAUAUAGCAUGGUAUAGAGGACACACAGUGAACAGUUCUGGUGAACUGAUUUAUAUAGACAGUGAUGAUAACAUCAACAAACUGUCUACAGACAAUAAAACACUCACCAGACUGAUACAGAGUACAUCACCAUGGAGACCACGGUGUGUGUACUGCUCCCCGUCCACUGGAGAUCUGAUGGUGGGGAUGUCUAACACUGAUACAAAGACAGCCAAGGUAACCCGGUACAACAGUAGUGGUCAACACAUCCUGACCAUAGAACACGACAACACAGGUCACACUCUGUAUAGUCGUCCUCUCUAUAUCACAGAGAACAAUAACGGUGAUAUCAUUGUGUCUGACUACAUUAAUUCUAACCGUGGUGCUGUAGUGGUGACAGAGCGCGGGGGCAGACAUCGAUUCUCCUACACAGGACCUCCAUCAGGAUCAUCACUAGCACCAUGUGGAAUCUGUACAGACGCGCUGUCACACAUCCUGGUGUGUGAUUAUAACACCCACACAGUACAGAUGAUUGACAAGGACGGUCACUUCCUGUCUCUGUUACUGACACAACACGGGAUAAACAGACCAUGCAGCCUGAACUAUGAUGAUAAAACUCACCUUCUCUGGGUCGGAUCAGACGACACCAACACAGUGUCUGUAUAUAGAUAUCUACAGAGGAGGUACUCUCUGACUGACUAUCCAGACAGUGAGGAAUACGACACCAGAGAAAAAUCUGACACUGAUGACAAGGACGCCAGGGGAAAAUCUGACUCUGAUGACGAGGACGCCAUGGGGAAAUCUGACCCUGAUGACAAGGAUGCCAGGGGAAAAUCUUUCUCUGAUGACGAGGACUCCAGGGGGAAAUCUGACCCUGAUGACAAGGACGCCAGGGGAAAAUCUGACUCUGAUGACGAGGACGCCAUGGGGAAAUCUGACCCUGAUGACAAGGAUGCCAGGGGAAAAUCUGUCUCUGAUGACGAGGACUCCAGGGGGAAAUCUGACCCUGAUGACAAGGACGCCAGGGGAAAAUCUGACUCUGAUGACGAGGACGCAUGGGGAAAAUCUGACUCUGAUGACGAGGACGCAUGGGGAAAAUUUGACACUGAAGAUAAGGAUGCUAGCAGAAAAUCUGACGCUAAUGACAAGGACGCCAGGGGAAAAUCUGACGCUAAUGACAAGGACGCUAGCAGAAAAUCUGACUCUGAUGACAAGGACACCAGGGGAAAAUCUGAUGACGAGGACGCCAGGGGAAAAUCUGAUGACGAGGACGCCAGGGGAAAAUCUGACCCUAAAUCAUUUUGACAGCGAUGUAUUCUGGUGUAGAUAUGACAUACGAUUACCAUUACCCUUCCUUCAGCCAGUAAAUCUGAUUUACAUUUCCUCAUCUAGUGAUGAUGGACAUUGAUUACAUUUCUCCAUCUAGUGAUGGUGGACAUUGAUUACAUUUCCUUAUCUAGUGAUGGAGGACAUUGAUUACAUUUCCUCAUCUAGUGAUGGUGGACAUUGAUUACAUUUCCUCAUCUAGUGAUGGUGGACAUUGAUUACAUUUCCUUAUCUAGUGAUGGUGGACAUUGAUUACAUUUCCUCAUCUAGUGAUGGUGGACAUCGAUUACAUUUUCUCAACUAGUGAUGGUGGACAUCGAUUACAUUUUCUCAUCUAGUGAUAUUGAAUAUUGAUUACAUUUCCUCAUCUAGUGAUGGUGGACACUGAUUACAUUUCCGCAUCUAGUGAUGGUGGACACUGAUUACAUUUCCUCAUCUAGUAAUGGUGGACAUUCAUUACAUUUCCUCAUCUAGUGAUGGUGGACACUGAUUACAUUUCCUCAUCUAGUGAUGGUGGACUUUGAUUACAUUUCCUCAUCUAGUGAUCGUGGACAUUGAUUACAUUUUCAUUUCAACACGAUGUGAUGUAUGGUCAUUUUUAAGAAAUAUUAAAUCAUGUAUUUUCAUAGAA